CUGCCAAGUGUGGUCCCCUGGAUCAGUUUGCUACUGCAGUUCACCAGGAGGCCACACAAACACUGGUAUGAACACAGCUGGUACCUGGGCAGCUUGGGGCAGAUGAGUAAAUAGGGACAGUGGUCCAACGCUACCACCCUUUCUGGCUACCCAUGCCCUCCCUUGAUUGCAUAUCAGUCGUGGUCUAAUGUCCUAAGUGGAACUUACUGCAAAAGAAGAGGCCCUGCUAACACAGCCAUUUUGUGCGCCAGGAGCUUGCUGCAGGCACAGUAGAACGAAGUGGCUGUGUUUAUGUAGCCAUUAUGUUGGCCUGCUGCACGGCUGUGCUUGUUAAAAGUAUAUUGUGGCAAAUGCAGUAAUUUCUGAUCAAUAGAAUCUGUAUGAGCGUUAACAGCAGGAUAAUUGCUAGGGCUUAAAAACACUGUCACAAGUAUCUGAUAUACUUUGCCAGAGUAUUGUCCAAAGCUGCCUACAGUCCAGCAUAGCUUCUCCACAGUGGGCUGUAGAUCAAGUCCUCUGGAAAUGGAGCCUUAGCAGGGCUGCUUGUACUGAAACUCUCCUAUGCAGCUUUGUGUGCAUUUAUGAGGAAUUGGGUCUUAUAUUUAUUAACAGAUAUGCUAUUGUAUCCAUAUUAAAAUGUACAGAGAACUAUUCUAAGCUUUAUAGCUGAUCACCUUCAUAUGUUUAGGCUGGCUUGGUGUGGAACAAUACUGACAUUCAGUGGUUGAUUAUACUUGCCACUACUGUGUGACUAUCCAGGAGAUUUUGGAGGGUUUUAAUGUUCAGCACUGGCUAAAUUCAGAACAUGUUUAGUUGAACUGGAUUAAAGCAACUGUGUCAAGGCUCUUUUAUAAGAAUGCUGUGCUCACAGUAUUAAAAUUGUCUGUUUUUUCAACAAACUAAAUUGGAGAUUAAUUUGGUCCAGGAGAGAUACAGUAGAAACAUGUAAUAAUGCUUUGAAGCUUUGUUUCCUUUCCCACUCUUAAGCAAAUUGGCAAUCACAGUUUCCAAAAUAACUUCCUUUUGUAUACCAUAUUGGCUUAGUUGGAUUUUUCUGUCUACGUUUUGACUAUUGGUCUUUUUGUGUCUACCACCAAAGACAGUGUGCUCUUAGCAGGAGGUAUCUAAGACCUGGCAAGGCCCCAGUGAAGAUGAGCACAUUGCUGUUAUGCAUGUGAAGGAGCAGCUGGAGUUCAGAAUUUGAAAAGCUGGAUCUUGGCUGCCUUCCCACAUAUGCUGACUUAGGUGGAGGGAAAUAGCAUGCUAACUACCUUCUGUAGUAGUCCUUUUUCACCUUCUCUUUCACCUUUGGAAGACAUACUUUUGUAUUGUCAAGAUCCGCAGGGCCAGACCAUUUUUCAGUGUUACAAGUGUGAUGGGAGGUCAGCCUAGUACUCUGGGCAGUUUAGAUUCAGACACAGCAUCAAGAGUUCACUCUGGAUGGAGCUAAGUGCUUAUUCCAGUAUUUUGGAAUGAAGCUUAAUAAUGCAGUGUUUAGACUUCUUAAAUCUCCGUGGGACUGGGCCAUUUACAUCUAGAUGCUUCUGUGCGGUCUUCACAUUUGUGUGCCAGAGUUAACAUUAGCGAAGAAGCAAAUUUUAUCUGCGUUUUAUGGCAUGAUCCUGGCCAAACAUCCCAAGAGUAAUGAAAACUAUGAUAGGUUUUAUGGUAGAUGUGUCUGGCUUCUCUUGGACAUGCAGAGCUGAUGGUGGUCUUCCUGUUUCAAGGUGUGGAUGCCCAGUAACUGUUCGGUCUCUUUCCAGUCAUGGAUUCCUCCAAAGGCUAAAUAAACUUCAACUGAGGAUAUCUCCAUUGCUAUCAUCUGCCCAUUUCCGCCACCUCCUCUGCGCCAGCUGUAGCGCUCUCUGGCAAUGUAAAAACUUGCAUCAGGAAGCUGAUCAGACCAGAAACUCCUUUUUCUGGGUCAAUUUAUGGCUGGACCAGUUUCCUAAUAUAGAAAAUGAUCCACAGCCUGUUUCUUAUAAACUGUUCUGGUGAUAUAUUCUUGGAGAAGCACUGGAAGAGUGUUGUGAGCCAAUCUGUGUGUGAUUAUUUCUUUGAAGCUCAGGAGAAAGCAAUCGAUGUUGAGAAUGUGCCUCCUGUCAUCUCAACGCCACAUCACUACCUCAUCAGCAUCUAUCGGGAUAAAAUCUUCUUUGUGUCUGUCAUACAGACAGAAGUGCCACCACUCUUUGUAAUUGAAUUUCUGCACCGAGUAGCAGAUACUUUCCAGGAUUACUUCGGCGAAUGUUCUGAGACUGCAAUUAAGGACAAUGUAGUUAUUGUGUAUGAACUUCUAGAAGAAAUGUUAGACAAUGGUUUUCCACUGGCAACAGAAUCUAACAUAUUGAAGGAGCUGAUUAAGCCUCCUACAAUUUUGCGCUCCGUUGUCAACUCCAUCACAGGCAGUAGUAAUGUGGGUGACACACUUCCCACUGGACAGUUGUCCAACAUUCCUUGGCGCAGAGCAGGGGUAAAAUACACAAACAACGAAGCCUAUUUUGAUGUCAUUGAAGAAAUUGAUGCAAUUAUAGACAAAUCAGGUUCUACUGUCUUUGCAGAAAUCCAAGGUGUUAUUGAUUCGUGUAUUAAGCUCUCAGGAAUGCCAGAUCUCUCUCUUUCUUUCAUGAACCCACGGCUGCUGGAUGACGUCAGCUUCCAUCCAUGUAUUCGGUUCAAACGCUGGGAGUCUGAGAGAGUCCUUUCAUUUAUUCCUCCUGAUGGGAAUUUCAGAUUGAUCUCCUACCGUGUCAGUUCACAGAACUUGGUGGCAAUUCCUGUAUAUGUGAAACACAUGAUCAGUUUUAAGGAAAAUAGUUCUUCGGGAAGAUUUGAUGUUACCAUUGGACCAAAACAGAAUAUGGGGAAAACAGUAGAAGGAGUUGUCAUGACAGUUCACAUGCCAAAGGCCGUACUUAAUAUGAACCUCACUGCUACACAAGGCAGCUAUACAUUUGACCCAGUUACUAAAGUGUUAACAUGGGAUGUUGGCAAAAUUACCCCUCAAAAGCUACCAAACCUGAAGGGCAUAGUGAACCUGCAGUCUGGAGCCCCCAAGCCAGAGGAGAAUCCAAGUUUAAACAUCCAGUUUAAGAUACAACAGCUUGCAAUUUCAGGACUGAAAGUGAAUCGCCUAGACAUGUAUGGAGAAAAAUACAAGCCUUUUAAAGGUGUCAAAUAUAUUACAAAAGCAGGAAAAUUCCAAGUCAGGACAUGAGAAGAUGCUCUACUUGCAAGAGGAAAUUCCCCUUAAAAAAAACUUGACUGCUUAGUGACUUAUGUUGCUAUUAAUUAGGUGCCAAUUAAUUAAUAGACACUGAUUAGUUUGGGAUCAAAGCAUUUGUGCACAGCAGCUCUUAAAAUGAAAGCAUAGCUUAGUCUUUCUUAAUACAGCUUUAAAAUAAGGUACUUUUUUUCUAAUACACCUUCACUCUUUUUUUACUGAAUUGUUGCGCUGGUGAGUAGUUUGAUAUAGGUGAUCCACAAAAUGUCUCAAACACUACACUGCCAGUUGGAUACCAAAGCCCAGAGGCCAAGCACAUCAUGAAAGCCAGCCAGGCCACUGGAAGAGUCUUGUGGUGGCACGUUUUGCUGCUGCAGCUGCCUGCAAAGAAAGCUCAGCUAUUCUCACAGCCAGCUGCAAACUGGUAUUCCACAAAGCAUCAUGUAAUCCCUUCAGAAAUAGAAAGCAGCAGUGAGGGGCAGCGGUCCCACAGGGGCCUGGGACAUAGCAAGUGUCACUCCUGAGAAAGAGCUGAUGAAGAAAAAAGUAAUUUCCUUGUUUACAAGAAAUCGCCUUUCUUAAGAAGCAUUUGCCUUAAUCAGCUUUCAUUUGUGCCAUCUGCAGAUGAGCUGAUAAAAAUAACAUUCUGCAUUAAAUCUGGGAGGUGAUUGUUGCUUCAGUAAUCCACUUUCUUUCCACUCAAUCUCAUCAUUGCCAUCAUGUUUUUUUAAGAAUACAGUUGCAGAGAGUAAGAUCUAUUUUUUAUGUGAAGCCUUUGCUUUGAUUUAAAUGUUCCACUUGUUCAAAGUGGAUGCCACCAGAUUUGUGCCAUGUGUACAUUGGAGCGUAGCUUUUUAGAUAGCACAAUAGAAGUGUCAAGUGUAUUUAAUGGUUGUGUGCUUUAAUGUUAUGAAAUAAAGGGAACUCUACUGCAAA